AUGAGGUUGGCCCUUCUAAACCAAAGGAUCAACCAGAGUUAUGGAAGGGAAUUUGGAAGCUGCAGGUCCCAAAUUGGGGUUAAGGAGUUCCUUUGGAGGGCUUGUAAUGAAGGCCUACCUACUCUAGCCAACUUGCAAAGAAGGAAGAUUGUUGCUGAGAGUACCUGUCCAAUCUGUGGUCUUGUAGAGGAAACAGCAGACCAUGCCCUCUGGAGUUGCAGUGCAGCUCAAGAUGUCUGGUGUCAAGCAAGCAAGCCAAUCCAAAAACUCUUUCUAGAAGCAGGAUCCUUCAAGGAAGUCUGGCAGCAAAUAACAGAUAAGUUACCAAAAGCAAGGAUUGAGGAAGUAGGCUCGAUUAUGAGACUUAUAUGGACAAGAAGAAAUGAAGUGGUGCAUGGGAAGGCUUUCAGGCAUCCCAACUCAAUAUUAGUUAAGGCCCAGGAUGACCUCUAUUGUUACAAAUUGGCAAUUCAGGAUCGUGUGAGUUGCAGGGCUGCAAAGACAUCUAAGAGUCCUCAGAAAUGGACUACACCACCUGAGGGAGAAUACAAACUGAACUGGGAUGCUGCCAUCAAUCAACCACUGAACCAAGUAGGGAUUGGGGCUAUUAUUAGAGAUUGCAGUGGCCAGGUACUCUGGACAAUGCGAGCCAGAAGAGGGUUGAACCUAUCCCCUUUCACUGUUGAAGCUUAUGCAAUGAUGAUGGCAGUCAUAUUCUGUAAAGAAGCUGGUUUCAGGUCGGUCCUCUUUGAAGGUGAUUCACUCAAAGUGGUUGAAGGGAUGCAGAAAAAAGCUAAGGAUUGGAGCCAAGGAGGUUUAAUCAUUGAAGACACUAAGCACAUGUUACAAGACUUUGUUAAAUGGAAGUUCUGUCACACAAAGAGGGAUUCAAAUAUGGCAGCCCACUUGCUAGCCAAGAAUGCCCUCCUGAAUGAUUGUGAUCUCUAUGAGUUAGAGGAAAUACCACCUUGUAUUAGACGUGCUAUUAUCUUAGAUGUUUGUAAUAGCAUGAUUUAA